AUGUCAGGACUUGGGUGGUGCGGUCAGAGCUCGUUCUUACCUACAAAGAGUAGAGAAAUCAAAGUAGAUAACAAAUCGAUGGGAGCCUUAGCUGAUAUCAUUAAGAAAUCAAAAAACAACCGCCAAGAGCCUGAAAAGAAGAGGAAAAGGAGAAAGAGAAAGCAUAGUAAUGAUUAUGAAGACAUUGACUACAGCAAACUCAAGGUCAGAAACUCUAAGCUUGAUGAUAUCAAAAGAGAAUUCAAAGUUCAAAAGACUAUGGAAGAAGACGAACCUUGAGCUGAUCCCAGCGUCCAACAGGAACCUAGCAAAGAAGAUAAGUUUGAAGACUUUAAAGAUAAGAUAAAAGAUGGUAAAGGUCCAGAAACUACUGAAGAAAUCGACUUCAUCAGACAAAAGCUAACCCAAAAAGCUCAGUUAUACGAUGCUUUGGCUUCAUCUUCUGACACUAAAAUAGUAGGAGCCAAUGCACAGGAGCUAACUCUCAAUGGGGAUAUAUUAGUCAACUUUGAACAGAAGAAAGAAGAGGAGGAACUCCGCAAGCUAGAUCCUAAGAACAAGUAUGCAGAGUUUAGCAGGUAUAAAAUCAAGAGGAAGAAGAAGUAGAAGCCAGU